AUGACUUCACUGCAUACCCAGAGCUGUAUUGUACCCCAAUCCGACGGCAGGCUCACCAGCAACAAGUGUCGCACGCUGCCACCAAAGCUGAAUCCAGCUCCGUAAGCAGGACGCCAGUGCACAGCCAGACGUGACCACUGAAUGUGGGUGUGGUGUGUGUCAUGUGAUUAGCAUCGUGGGCAGCACCAUGUGUUGGCGGUGUGAGCACCUGGGUAUGAUAGAGAGUCUCAUACGGCCAACUCCCAACACACGCAGGCACCACCUCUAUCUGUGCGGUUGCAGUCGAUGAAGACGAUGAAGACGAUGAAGACGAUGGACGACACGCUUAGAAGAGCACCGGUGAGACCGAGCUCGAGAAGCUCGAGAAGGGAUUAGACGUGACCGCCAGCUGGCUGAAGGUGAGCCUCGCUCAAUCGCAUGCCAAAUUUGCUGCGUACAGGCAGAGAGGGGGCACAGGUAGCUGGGCAGAUGGGCAGUUAGCUGCCUGGGAGCGCUGCGUGUGUGUGGCGGCACUGCACACAUGGUUGGCCUCAAUUGGUGCUGGUUCUGUGGGUGUGGUGUUGCAGAGCUGGCCCGUUACGACCGCGGGCAGCUGCUGGGGCUGUGGAAGGAGAAGGAGCACCUGCAGGGUAGGCCCCAACACCAGCAUACCUCCCUGUCAGUCGCUGUCACUUCUUUAUUACGACUGGGUGUGUGUGAUCCGCGGCGUGCAGAACUUGUGAAUAGGUGGCGGGGGAGGCAGCAGGCCGACGCAGAGAGGCUGAAUAAGGCGCUCAAUACUAUCGAGAAGGCCAAACAGAACCAGGUGCGUGCACAGAUGUGGGUCGUUGGCAUGUCGGCUGGCAGAUGUCCUUUCUGCCUGCGUGCCCGUGUGUGUGAUGUUGUGAGUACAGGAAAUACUCGUCGCCGCUGCCGCCAAACUGGAGGUCAGAGGCUCAGUCCUCCUCUCCCCCUACUCACAGACACACACACACACUCGCUGAAGGCCAUGAUAGCCAAGCUGUAGCAGGUACACAUAGGCGUACUGUACUCCACAGACAGAUCGAACCACACAGAGAGGACCAUUCAUGCGCACACACCCAACACACAUAUGCUUUGUUCGUUCGUUUGUGUUGCCCAUAUCAGCAACUAGAGGCGGCGACCACCACAGCCCACCAGCCGUCCACGGCGUCGGGGAGCCCGGCCUCAGCGUCGGCCUCCCAUUCGCUAAGCCCUCACCUCCCCCCUCGGCCGCUCAACGCAGCGUGCGAGACGCCGCCCUCCAGGCGCAGGGGAAGAAGAUCGGGCUGGUGCGGGGGCCGCGAGGCCCCCAGCAUCAGCAGACACAGACAGGAGAGAGGAGGUAUGGAUGUCGGGAGGAUGCUGCUUCUUUCACCGAUGUCUCUGUCUCUGCUGCCAUGUCUCUGUGUGUGUUUUGUGUCUUCAGCCGCAGUGUAUCGCUGCCUUCAUUUUAUAUCCGUGGACAUUUUCAUUUCACUUCAGCGGCGUUGGAUUCCCAACCGCAACAGAUGCGACAGGUUCGAAAAGAAGACAAGUCGAUGAACUAUACAAUCCCUGCCUCUCUUUCUCUUUGCUGUAUCUCCGUCCGUCUGCUUGCCUUUAUGUCUCUCCUGCUACUCAGGCGAUAUCGGCACUGAUGUCUCCCCUUUGUGCUCCGCAGCAGCAGCACCAUCAACAGCAUCGUCAUCAGCAGGCCUUCGUCAUGAUGUGGCUGCCCCUCCCCAUGUGCCCACCAUGAGGCCACUCGAGCGGACCCCCGCUCAUAGGCGUCAGAAGGCGCCCGCACCAAGGCCGCCACGCACCCCUCGCAACACGUGGCCAUGGCAGACGCGAGUCAACCCCUACACCUGCCCGCCCUGCCUCCGGGCUCAGAGGGACGAGGGCGAGGAGAGCGGUGAGGAGGGAGGACAGCAGGAGAGGGCACGGGAGAAGAAGGGCUGUGCUCGCGACUUCCAGGCGCCAGGGAGCCCAUCGACGGCGGCCGGCCUUAUCCCGUCCGACGGCGGCUCGCCACCUUUGCUUGUGGCCCUCCCUGACUCGCCACAGCCACCCGCCGCCCAGCCCAGCCACUAA